AAAAGCGAACGAGUCGUCAUCAAAUAAAGUGAAACGAAAAAUAAAAAUAAAAAAUAUGAACAAGAUACUUCGAGACAUUUAAUUUUUACACAGUUUGUUUAUAAAUGUGAUUGUUUACGUUUAAUGUUUGUAAAGUUAAUGUUGAAUCGUUGGUGUGGACAAAAUCGAUGAGGUCCUGCGUUGAGUUUUUAAGACAAUAUGUGCAGUGUUGAUUACGAUUGACAUAUUCUGACGUGAAACAAAAGGAAAAUACUUUAAAAAGUCCCCAAGCCAAGGAUGAGUUUACCAGAGACAAUCAAUUUGACAGCACAACCAAUGAUUGAAAUAGGAGAAUCGCACCAGCUGUUUCUGGCAACAAAGCCAGCACAAGUCAUUGCUGGCAUAUUUGUAUGGACAGCAUUAUUUAUUACUUGCCAACAGAUUUAUCAACACUUACGCUGGUACACUAACCCCUCGGAGCAGCGAUGGAUUGUGCGCAUUUUGUUCAUCGUACCAAUAUACGGAUGCUACAGUUGGAUCUCGCUGCUAUUCUUCAAUGGCGAUUCGUAUUACAUUUACUUCUUCACCGUGAGGGAUUGUUAUGAAGCGUUCGUGAUCUACAGUUUCCUGUCGCUAUGUUACGAGUACUUGGGCGGCGAGGGUAACAUAAUGUCGGAGCUGCGCGGACGUCCGGUGCGAGCGUCCUGCGUGAACGGCACUUGCUGCCUCUCUGGCGCCACUUAUACCAUCGGCUUCCUGAGAUUCUGCAAACAGGCCACAUUGCAGUUUUGUCUCAUCAAGCCCGUGUGUGCAUUCAUCAUUAUAUUCCUGCAGGCGGCAGGACACUACCAUGAUGGCGACUGGAGCCCCAACGGGGGCUACCUUUACAUAACUAUAGUGUACAACUUCUCCGUGAGCCUGGCGCUGUACGGGCUCUUCCUGUUCUUGGGCGCCACCCGCGAGAUGCUGAAGCCUUUUGAUCCGGUGCUCAAGUUCUUCACGGUCAAAUCUGUUAUCUUCUUAUCGUUCUGGCAGGGCGUAGGGCUAGCCAUUCUGGAGAAGGCGGAAGUGAUAUCGCCGAUCAUCGACGCGGACGGUACGCCCACCACUGCCGGUACGGUGUCCGCGGGCUACCAGAACUUCCUGAUCUGCAUCGAGAUGCUGGCAGCGGCGAUCGCGCUGCGCUACGCGUUCCCGGCGUCUGUGUAUGCGCAUGCGCACCGUGACCCGCACCGCUCCGUCACCAUGCAGUCCAUCUCUAGCAGCCUCAAGGAGACAAUGAACCCGAAGGACAUCAUGACGGACGCGUUCCACAACUUCCACCCGCAGUACCAACAAUAUACGCAAUACAGCUCAGUGAUGCGCGGCGCGGGAAUCGGCAAUCGUGGAUCUGAAGAAGGCACAGCACUAGCGCCGAGGCCACCUCCGCAACGUGUCGCCACCAUUAGCCACGCUACAAACUACCACGAAAAAACUACGCUACUCAGUUCUGAUGACGAAUUUCAGUGAACGAUUAGAAAAUGAAAUCCUAUCCGAAGUACAAGAUAAACAUAUUUGGCGCCAUGUGAAUCGUUCCGAAUGUAAUGCUGGAUCCAUUGUUGCUUGAGGCGUUAUUACAAAUGUUUAUGAAUAUUUAUUCAAUUUCAAUACCUAAGUGCUUAAAAGUUAUAAAACUUUUGGAAUGGUCGAUCACCUGUUAUAAAGUUAUGUACUCAUUGUUUUUCUGUUUUAUAAAUUAGCAAUACUGGAUUAAAGCUAUUCUGAGCCUUUUAACACGUUCGUCAGAAAAUGACUUAUUGGUAAGGCUUAAGCGAGUUGCAAAGCUCUGAGAGAAUACAGGUUUUAUAAUCUGUAAAUUUAAAAACAUUAGUCAUUAAACUUCUUUUCCGCUUAAAGUACCCUAAUCACUUAAAUGAUUAAUAAUAGUAGCUCACUGACGACUUUGGCAAGUUAUGGACAAGAAAAAAUAUUGUGUAUAUUUAAUAGCCGUUAAGAAAAUUCAUUUAGUAAUUUUAUCAUAUUCAACAAUGUACAGAAUAAAGUUGUCUAUGGACCUACCUAAGUUUAUAUGAGUUUAUUUCACGAAAUAUACCAAAAUAUUCACCUGGUCACGAAGAUUAAGUAAUAAAAUAUAGUUUGAUAGCGUAUUUACAAUUACCAAAGUAUAUUGAAUGUAUUUUAAUGUAAAGUAGCGCCUGUACGUUAAUAGAAUAAUAUAUUUAUGUGAUAUGGCAAAAUUAACCUUAUUAUCGUCGUUUAUUUGGUCAAUGUUAAUUAUCUGUAUUCUUAGAAACUAUUUCAAUUAAUUCGUAUUUUUUCUAGGCGUUAAAUCGACUUAUAAAAAAGGCGAUUAUCAUGUGCUUCCCUAUUUAGUUACUUUUCUGACAAUCGCUAUCCAGUAGGGAGCUGUCAAUUCCAUACAAAAUUUGCGAUUACAACUGUCACUGUCACAUUGUGCGUUUUCUAGUGUUUUGGCGCCAUUAUCAUUUAUUUGAAUUUCAUUUUAAAUAUUUAAAUAGCAUUUGGGUUGAUAUGAGACCAUAGAAAAAGCAGUCAUAUACCCUAUUAAGUUAUUUAUUACCUUACCUUAUUAUUAAUAUUACAAAUAAUUUCAAAAGAUUUCAGAAUAUCUCGUCUUUGCUUAAGAAUAAAAUAUUAAAUAUAUUCACUGCCUAACCAAUAAAAUUUAAUAAACAACCUUAAGAAAAAUAGUUACUUACAUUAGAUAGCGUAUUGGAUAGUUGGUAGGUAUAUGUCUCACCAAACUUUGGAGCCCGACAAAUUUUAGAGCUCAUUGGCAAUAUAAAGUUUAUAGCAGACCAGCGCAAAAGACUACACGAGACGCAUUUUUCCACAAGGCUGCUAGAAGUUUUAACAAGUAAAAAGAUAAAAUUUGGAGAUUCAAGAUAGUAUCCAAUAAAUGACAUAAAACACAUCAUAUGUGAUUUUAUAAGAAAUAUUGACGAGAUUUCUCGAUCUUACAAAAAUUUGUAAACAGUUGCAGAAAACUACAAGAAUUAUAUAUAUUAAUGUACAUAAUAACAUCAUUCGCAUUUUCAGAACUGAAAGGUGUUUAUCACUGAAAAAAACCAAUAUACUGAAAAAAAUAUGUAGGUACCUUACCUUACCUGCCUUACCUAUCUAUCUAUGCGUUGAAAACUGAACUGCGCACUUCGCAUUUAUUGUCAUAAAUUUUGACACAUCUUUAAUACAAGAGGUACUUUUAAUUGUCUCAAAAUAUAUUUUUGAAACAGAAAAUUAGGGCCUUGCAGAAAAGUUGUGACGCUGUGUGGUUAACUCUAUGGGACUCCAAAAUACGAUUUUAUUUACGAUGCGCAAGUACUUUAGGUUAUCAAGUCUGCUAGUCGUCCCGAAGUUUUUGACAAUAAAUUAUUUAAAAAAAAAAGCAUCCACUACACGGAAACAUGCUGCAAAAUACCUCUGCCAAUUUCUUAACGUAAUGUUUUUUCAUUAUUUAUUUUUUCAUUUCAUACUAUGCGAUAUUAUAGCAGACUUGGGCGGUCUAAAAUUUGGUUUGACUAUAUUUGCCUGUAAUAUUAACUCUAAAAGAAAGCUCAUUGUAAAAUCAUCUCAUCGCCUUAACAAAAAAAAAACAAAGUGCAUUAUUCUCCUUAUUAAUGUGAA